AUGGGUUGUCGCAAGAUCGUAUUGUUAUUCAUUAUCUCAUUAGCGAAAUUCGUAUUUUGCGAAACACUUCUUCGAAUUCGACAACAUGAGUUUUUUGUAAAGGAAGCAUCGUACACUCGUCUUUGUGAAACGAAACACAUUUUAACAGUUAACGGGCAAUUUCCAGGACCGACUUUGUAUGUUAACGAAGGAGAUACUAUUUACGUCAAGGUGCAUAACAAUGGGAGAUACAAUAUCACCAUUCACUGGCAUGGAGUAAAACAACCUAGAAAUCCAUGGUCAGACGGCCCUGAAUAUAUCACACAAUGUCCAAUUCAACCCGGUGAUUCAUUUAACUACAAGGUCAUAUUUUCUAUGGAGGUGGGAACACUUUGGUGGCACGCUCAUAGCGACUGGUCUCGAGCCACGGUCCAUGGUGCAAUUGUGGUGCACCCUCAACCUGGAGAACAAUACCCUUUCCCCAAACCUCAUGAAGAAGUACCCAUUAUACUCGGUGAAUGGUGGAAAAAAGAUGUAACGGAAGUAUUGAAGGAAUUUCUUGCAUCUGGUAGUGCUCCUAGAGAUUCUGAUGCUUACACCAUCAAUGGUCAACCGGGUGACCUUUAUCCAUGUUCACGCCAAGCUACGUUCAAGUUAAAUGUGGAAUACGGGAAAAGGUAUAUUUUGCGUAUAGUAAAUGCAGUGAUGAAUGAAAUACUCUUUUUCGCCAUUGCAAAUCAUUCAUUAACCGUUGUGGGAGCCGAUGGUAGCUACACCAAGCAAUUGACUAAAGAAUAUGUGGUAAUUGCCCCCGGUCAAACACUUGAUUGCAUGUUUGAAGCAAACCAAGUUCGACCAGGGGCCCGCUACUAUAUGGCGGCCAGAGCAUAUUCUUCUGGCAGUAGUGUUCCUUUUGAUAAAACCACCACAACUGGAAUCCUCCAAUACGGAAACGGUGGAGGUUCUAAUUUAACUACCACAUCUCCGGUACUCCCUUCCCUACCCCAUUACAAUGACACCACCGCGGCUUUUGACUUCCUUGCUAGCCUUAGGAGCUUAAACCAGCUUUUAUUCUCAAUAAGCGCGUAUGACACACGUAUAUAUUCAACCAUUUCCAUAAACACAUUCCCAUGUAAGAACAACUCGUGUGCGGGCCCAAAUGGUACACGACUCUCAGCUAGUAUGAACAACAUUAGCUUUGAACAUCCUUCGGUUGACAUACUUAAAGCAUACCAUUAUCAAAUCGGCGGUGUGUAUGGCACGCACUUUCCUCGUGUUCCACCGUUGUAUUACAACUUUACCAGUAGAAAUUUACCGGCGAUUCUACAAACACCUAAGAGGGCAACGAAGGUUAUGAUGAUAGAAUAUAAUACGAUCGUGGAAGUUGUUUUUCAAGGGACCGCUUUGGUUGUAGGGCUUGAUCAUCCUAUGCAUUUACACGGGUUUAACUUUUAUGUCGUUGGAUGGGGAUUCGGUAACUUUGAUGAGAAGAAGGAUCCCAUGAAGUAUAACCUAGUUGACCCGCCGUUUAGGAACACUGUUCUUGUUCCGAUAAAUGGGUGGGCCGCAAUUAGGUUCAGAGCUUCCAACCCAGGUGUAUGGUAUUUGCAUUGUCAUCUUGAAAAACAUCGUACAUGGGGGAUGGAUACGGUAUUCAUCGUGAAAAAUGGGAAUCAAGAUCAAGACCGAAUGCUACCACCGCCCCUUCAUAUGCCGCGGUGCUAA